CUACACGUGUUGACCUCAGACUGGAAGCCCGUCCCAUUCACUGCAUAUCCAUGCUGGAGGAGGAGGAGAAGGCGUGUAGCCCUUUUGUUACCUGUAUUAGAGUACCUGGCUGUUGCAAGUUAGUAACAUGGACUGCGUUUAAGAUGUCUUCAGAGAGUAGAUACAGCGAGCGAUGUAGAAAAGCUUGACUCAAAACAAAAUCCACAGGCUUGGCAAGGCACUGCAGUAAGUGCAACUAGUCUUUUUCUACCUGCAUGGCGCAGCAAAUGGGAAUCGUUAAUUAGGCUCUACCGUGAAAGUAAGGACGAAUAGGAGGCACUUCCUCCAAGAACUCAUUCACCUUUCAAGUCCGACCCUCUCUCAAGUUUCAUUUUGGAGUUCUUAGCCACCUUUCAGGUCGUCAUCAGCAUCUCACCUGUACUGCUGGACCAUGGAUUUCACACGGUCGAAGAUUUCAAAGGCGCUUCAGCUUCAUAUCGCGGAAAAUAGGCGGUAUACGUGCAUCUGGAAGGGUUAGGAAACCUGCCAAUGUGAAAGGAAAGCGUGACCACUUUAUGUUACAGUGCAUGGCCUCCGGAAAAAGUGGUAACGACCAUGCACAAACCCCUCCGAAAGCGGAGUCUCUACGUGUUCCUGUGUUUUGGCAUCAUAUACCUCAGACUUGGGGCCCUGUCCUCGGUGGUGGCGCUGGGUGCCAACAUCAUCUGCAACAAGAUUCCCGGGCUGGCACCUCGCCAGCGGGCCAUCUGCCAGAGCCGCCCGGACGCCAUCAUUGUUGUGGGCGAAGGUGCCCAGAUGGGCAUCAAUGAGUGUCAGUACCAGUUCCGAUAUGGACGCUGGAACUGUUCGGCGCUGGGAGAAAGGACAGUCUUCGGUCAGGAGCUGCGAGUAGGCAGUCGAGAAGCAGCGUUCACCUACGCCAUCACAGCUGCAGGGGUGGCCCACGCCAUCACUGCAGCGUGCAGCCAGGGCAACCUGAGCCAGUGUGGCUGUGACCGGGAGAAGCAGGGCUAUUACAAUCAGGAGGAAGGAUGGAAGUGGGGAGGCUGCUCGGCUGACAUCAAGUAUGGAAUUGAGUUCUCUCGCCGCUUCGUGGAUGCCCGCGAGAUUAAAAAGACCCCACGCCGCCUGAUGAACUUGCAUAACAAUGAGGCAGGGAGAAAGGUACUAGAAGAAAGGAUGAAGCUAGAGUGCAAGUGCCAUGGCGUCUCGGGCUCCUGCACCACCAAGACCUGUUGGACUACACUCCCCAAAUUCCGAGAGAUUGGCUACGUACUCAAGGAUAAGUACAACGAAGCUGUGCACGUGGAGGUAGUCCGGGCUAGCCGACUGCGCCAGCCCACCCACCUCAAGGUGAAGCAGACUCAGGGCUACCGCAAGCCCAUGGAGACAGACCUCGUCUACAUCGAGAGGUCGCCCAACUACUGCGAGGAGGACGCAGCCACGGGGAGCGUGGGCACCCAGGGACGCCUGUGCAACCGCACCUCACCACAUACAGACGGCUGCGACCUUAUGUGCUGCGGGCGGGGCUACAAUACACACCAGUACACCAAAGUGUGGCAGUGCAAUUGUAAGUUCCAAUGGUGCUGCUUUGUCAAGUGCAACACGUGCAGUGAGAGGACGGAGGUGUUUACCUGCAAAUAAGGACACAAGGAACUCAGUGCCAGGAAGUGAGGCGCCAAGGACUAACUGAAUGAGGAAGACUCAAGCGAGAUUAAUGUGUGACAUGGACCAGUGAGAGAUUUUGAAAUAAAGGAAUGGAAUUUACACUAUCAGCUCUUCAUGGCAUCGUUUUGCACAGCAGAAUCUAUCUAUCUAUUUCUUACCAGAAAGUAAAUGCUAAAUAUCAGUAGGUAAUACCCCAGAACCUUUCUGUCACAUAGAGGUUGUGCUCAUGUACUGAUGUAUCCACAGUGAAGAUGGGACUACAGGUAAUGAAUGAGGUCCUCAUGGAAACUGUGCUUUGCACUCUGGGAUUUGUAAUUGUUAAAUUCACAAGAGACUCGUGCAUGGAGAGGAAACACAGUAACCUUGGAGUUGAUCAAAAUGACAGCAGCUGCGGUGACUGGGAGAGAUUUGUCAAGUCUUUGAUUGAAAACUUUUAAGGGUUUUGUCAUAUUUUCACUAAAGGGGAGAAAAGGUGAAUCUUGACAUGAAUAACCCCCCAAAUUGGCUGAGGCUUAUGUUGGAGGUUUGUAGAAAUGAAGAACAUUUUGUAAGUAUGGCGCGUUGGGGUGUGCCAAAAUCUGAGUGGAGAACUGUGUUAAACCCUCUGCUGCCAACUGGAAUAUGGUGGAGUAUGUUAGUUUUCCAGUCACACUGGAACUGUCUGUUCUGAACACUGAAAAUAAAUUGUUUAUUUAUGUUAUAGUAUCUUAAAACGAAGCACUAACGGGUAGAGAUGUCUUUUUUGUACUAAGUGUAAAGAAAAAUACUUUUUAGAAACUCUGACUGAAAAUGUGUAUCUUUUAGAAAAUUACCCCCCAAUCCCUAAAACACCUCAUCGGGAAAAAACAACAACAUCAUUACAGUGUGUUUCACAUUCGAACACCUUGGUUCUAUUUUACUGUAGCAUACUGCAAUUUGUUUGUAGUAUUUUUCCCCAAGCAGUAACAUCUAUUUGGAUGCUUUUGCAAUUUCAAUUAAUAUACAGUAGCAGAGAUUCUUCCUCAAUUCAUUAAACAUGAAGCUGAUAUGUUGCUGGAUGUGUUGUCGAGUGCUGCACUGAUAUUUACUAUUCAGA